GCAGACAGAACAGACUUCAUUUUGUUCCUGAGUGUUGAGAGACGAUAGCUUUGGAUUCCAAAUGAAGGGGAUUGACAUGAUAUGAGACUUUUCAACAAUCUGCAAUAAUGACCUUUUCUCCGAACCUAUAAACUGUCAGGUAAUAACAUGUCUCAGGUGGAAAUGGGCAAUCUUUUGGCACAGGUAAAAAGUGUUACCUAGCAACACCCGGUGUCCUAUCAAUAGUCAGCUUGGAGGUAUCUCUGGAGAUGCUCCCCCCUACAAAGACCUGGUUCAGUUUGCUUCAACAGGCCCCAUGACCCCCCUGGACAAACAACAGCCUCAUUCUCUGCACCACUGCUGACCUCAUUGUCUCUUUGUGAAGGGAAAAUCCAGAGUUGCAUUCUGUUAAAUGGCAAAUGGUGCAUCAACUGCGAGCGGGACGGACCUUUCUACCUCCAGCACAGGCCUACAGAUGAGCACGGACACCGCUGCUUUAUCCUCAGGACUGUACGCGAGGAAAACAUGAGUCCUGAUGGAGACACAUUAUCAGUGAUUGAGAACCCGGCAGCUGUCAGUCACUCUUUUCAUUCAGAUAAAACAGCAGAAGUUGCGGGGACCAAGGGAGUGCAGGGUUGGUUAAAAGGGAUUCACUCUACGACUCACGCUCACAGGCUGGUGAGGCUACUGGCAGUGGUGUGUGCAGUUGGACUCCUGGGAGGCUUAGCUGUAGGUGUCUGGUUUCUAGUUAAACUUCUGCUGAGGCCUUCCGUUUCCCAAAGUCCAGUGGGACUUGGGGACACAAAGGAGACGCCUUUCUGCAAUGUGACAGAAGACAUUUCUAUCUCUGACCCCAGAAAAGUGUUUUACAGGAUCAGCCCAGACAACUCCCUCCUGGAGAUCCAGCUGGGGAAGCUGCCCACCUGGCUACCGGUGUGCUAUGAGAGGUGGAACUCUUCACUGGGAACGCUGGUCUGCAGACAGCUUGGUUAUCUGAGACUGACCAAGCAUAAAGGAGUGAAACUAACUGAUAUUGGGCCAAACCAUACUGAAGGCUUUAUACAAAUUACCUCAGAACACAAGAGCAAUCUGGAAAAUAUGUGGCAAUUCAGGGGGAACUGUAUCACAGGGAAGGUUAUCGCUUUGCAAUGUUUUGAGUGUGGGACACGAGCGAAGCUGCCCAGGAUAAUCGGGGGGGUCGAGGCCACGCCGGGCAGGUGGCCUUGGCAGGUCAGCCUCUACUACAGCAACCGUCACACCUGCGGAGGCUCUAUCAUCACCAGUCAAUGGGUAGUCACAGCUGCGCAUUGUGUUCACAACUACAGGCAACCUCAGGUAUCCAGCUGGGUGGUCUACGCCGGUAUUGUCACCCGCACCUCGGCUAAAAUGGCUCAGCACACAGGUUACGCUGUGGAGAAGAUCAUUUACAACAAGAACUAUAACCACAGGAGCCACGACAGUGAUAUAGCCCUGAUGAAACUGCGGACGCCGCUGAAUUUCUCAGAUACAAUUAGGCCCGUCUGCUUGCCUCAGUACGACUAUGAUCUCCCAGGAGGUACACAGUGCUGGAUCUCUGGAUGGGGAUACACACAGGCUGAUGGUGUGCACUCACCUGACACCCUGAAAGAGGCGCCAGUUCCCAUAAUAAGCACAAAGAAGUGUAACAGCUCCUGCAUGUACAAUGGAGAGAUCACGCCACGGAUGCUUUGUGCCGGAUACACAGAGGGAAAAGUGGAUGCCUGUCAGGGGGACAGUGGGGGUCCUUUGGUUUGCCAGGAUGAAAAUGUGUGGAGGCUGGUGGGGGUCGUCAGCUGGGGGACAGGCUGUGCUGAGCCCAACCAUCCUGGAGUUUACACCAAAGUGGCUGAAUUCUUGGGAUGGAUCUACGACAUGAUUGAAACAGAGUUUUCUUAGAAAUUCUGUGGUACAAAGUAUUCGUACAGUACAGAGAAUUACUGACGAGGGCUCAUGAUGCACAACAAGCAGAGGAAGUUAUUGAGGAUGCUAAGUUACUGAUAUUACUGUUUCAGGCAUUUGAAAAUCAUAUUUGAUAUUUUUACUUUAAACGUCCGUUAUAUAAUGUACACACAUGACUGACUGGAGACAUCAAAAUGCAUUUCUACGUUAUAUUUUUCAUGUAUUGAACAUAAAUUAUGACUUCUAAA